UUCGACAUCAAUUACAGUAAACUUCACAACUGAAAAUGGGGUUGUGUAAGAUUUCAGUAGCACUUGCUUGUCUCAUAGGCUCGGCCCUGCUGGUUCACACCUCCUAUGCUCAAAACUCACAACAAGACUACCUCAAUGCUCACAAUACUGCUCGGGCACAAGUUAGUGUUGGGCCUAUGACAUGGAACAACACCGUAGCCGCCUAUGCUCAGAGCUAUGCCAACAAACAGAUCGGGGACUGCAAUCUCGUGCAUUCGAAUGGGCCUUAUGGGGAGAACCUUGCUAAGGGCAGUGGUUCAUUUACAGGCACUGCGGCAGUGAACUUGUGGGUGGCGGAGAAGCCUAAUUAUGAUUACAACUCCAACUCAUGCGUUGGUGGGGAAUGCAGGCACUAUACUCAAGUUGUUUGGCGUAACUCAGUGAGUCUUGGGUGUGCUAGGGCUCAGUGCAACAAUGGAUGGUGGUACAUCAUAUGUAACUACUAUCCUCCGGGCAACUACAUCGGACAGCGUCCUUAUUGAAGAUUAUCGAACUACCUGUAAGCAAGUAUUAUCCUAUCAUUCUAGUGGUAUGUAAUAAGCUGAUUAUAAGCAUUGGUCAGUACAAAUAAAACUCAUGCAUGGAGUGCAAAAUCUCCUUAUUUGUAA